AUGUCGCCCUGCCCGACGACCGCCGUGGGUGUGGCCUCACGCCUCGCGCCCACGGGGAACCUCUUUCCCUUCCGCGGGGUGCUGGUCCCCCUGCGGCGCAGCAAGCAGAGCUACCGCUGCAUUAGAUGCCACACCACGCUCGAGUCCCAGGCCGAGCCUGCCAAUCGGCGGGAGCCCGAGGCGUCAGAAGCCCCCACCGCCCCGGAAAAGGAGAAAAAGCAGGAGUGGGUGGACCUGGACUCCAGGAGGCGCGCCCGCCUGAACCGUCGGUCGGAGCGGCGCGAGGAGAGGCUGGCCAAUGUGGCGGUCCGAGAGGAAAUAUUUGAGGUCGGGCCGGAGGGCAUGGCAGUGGGCGACCUGGCGGCCAUGCUGGCCAUCCCCGCGGUUGACGUGGUCAAGUACCUCUUCCUCAACGGCGUGAUGGCGGCCAUCAACGCCACCCUGGACCCCGACACCGUCAAGGCCGUGGGCAAGGAGUACGGGGUGGAGGUGCUGGAUCGAGAUGUCGCCGACGUGGCGUCUGGCGCGGUCAAGUCGCUGGACCUGUCCCUGGACGAGGACGAGGUGGCGGUGCCGCGCCCGCCAGUCGUGGCGGUGAUGGGGCACGUUGAUCACGGCAAGACCUCGCUGCUGGACCACAUCCGCAGCACGCGCGUGGCGGCGGGGGAGGCGGGCGGCAUCACGCAGUCCAUCGGCGCCUACACCUGCGCCGUGGACUCUGGCGGCGAGCGCCGCGCCAUCACCUUCCUGGACACGCCGGGGCACGAGGCUUUCGGGGCGAUGCGCGCGCGCGGCGCGCGCGUGACCGACGUCGCGGUGCUGGUGGUGGACAAGCCGGGGGCGGAUGUGCCGCGGGUCAUGCAGGAGCUGGCGGCGGAGGACCUGGUGCCGGAGGCCUGGGGUGGCAAGACGCCCGUGGUGGAGAUCUCGGCCAAGCGCGGGACGGGGAUCGACGGGCUCCUGGAGGUGGUGCUCCUGGUGGCGGAGCUGGAGGAGCUGGUGGCCUGCCCGGACCGCCCCGCGCUGGGCACGGUGCUGGAGGCGCGCAUGGACCGGCGCCAGGGCGCCUGCGCCACCCUCCUCGUCCAGACUGGGACGCUGCGCCUGGGCGACAUGGUGGCCGCAGGCCAGGCUUACGGAAGGGUGCGGAGCAUGCAGAGCGCGGGGGGCGCGGUGGACAGCGCCGGCCCCUCCACAGCCGUGGCCAUGCUGGGCCUGUCGGAGGUGCCCACUGCCGGCGACGAGUUCACGGCCGACGCCAGUGGCAGCGUGGAGGCAGUGCGUGGCGCGCUGGCGGCGCUGCCCCAGGGCGCGGUGGUGCUGCGCUACCUGCUGGCCGCGCCGGGGGAGGUGAGCGAGUCGGACGUGGCGCUGGCCUCCGCCUCGGGCGGCGUGGUGCUGGCCUUCCAGACGCGGGCGGGGGAGGCCGCGGCGCUGGCCGCCAAGCAGGCGGGCGUGGAGCUGCGCGCCUACUCCGUCAUCUACGACCUCGUGGACGACGUGCGCGCCGCGAUGGAGGGCCGGCUGACCAGCGUGCAGGAGACCGUGCCCCUGGGCGAGGCGGUGGUCAAGGCCACCUUCGGCGGAGGAGCGCGCCGCGUCGCGGGCUGCGAGGUCACCGAGGGCGCGCUGCGCAAGGGUGCCAGCCUGCGCGUCUGGCGCGGCGCGACGUUGGUGCACGAAGGCACGCUGACUUCCCUGCGCCGCGUCAAGGAGGACGUGGCCAGCGUGGCCGCGGGGACGGAGUGCGGCGUGUCGGUGCCGGACUUCCACGGCUGGGAGGCAGGCGACCGUCUGGAGGCCUUCAAGCUGGUGCAGAAGAAGCAGAAGCUGGAGCAGGCACAGGCAGCCGUCGCCUCCUUCGGGGAUUGA